AUGAAUCUGUUUGGUUUCAUGGCAGACCAGAAUGAAGAGACGUUGAAUACCAGUGAGUCUCCGGAGUCUGUGUCACUGGCUGAUGCCUCAGCAGAGAAGGCCACAGAAGGCUCUGACGCUGAUCUAGAGGUUGAAGAUCCUGAGGAGGCCUUUGUGGGCAUUACAGGCACAUAGCUGUACUUGGAAGCAUGCAGGCUGAUGGAGGUGGUGCCUGUCUCACACUUUAUUCAGAACUUGGCCAAGCCUUAUAUAAACCUGAACCACCAUGGUCUAGGACCCAAAGGUGUCAAAGCCAUUGCUAUUGCUCUGGUGUCCAACGCAACUGUCACCCAUCUAGAGUUGGAAGACAACUGCAUUCGGGCAGAAGGAGCCAUAUGCAUAGCAGAGAUGCUACGAGAGAAUUUCUCUCUUCAAGAACUGAACAUCUCCAAUAACCACCUAGACGCUGCAGGAGCUGAAGCCAUUGCCAGUUUGCUUUUGGAUAACAUGUCCUACCUCCAUGCUCUUCAGCUUUCAGGAAACAACUUUGGAGAGGAGACUGCAUCGUACUUUGCUGAGGCAUUAAUGGGCAAUUACCAAGUGAAGGAGCUGGAUCUUGGCCACAGUGAGUUCCAUGAGAAGGGAGGACAGCUCCUGGGACAGAUGCUCGCCAGCAACACAACACUGGAGAUUCUGGACCUGAGCUGGAACCACCUGAGGAGGAAGGGGACAGUAGCACUGAGCACAGGCCUCAGGGGCAAUGGUGCGCUGAAAAUACUCAACCUUUCUUGGAAUGGCAUUGGCAAUGAGGGAGCAGUGGCCCUCGGAGAAGCUCUUAAAGUCAAUAAUGUGCUGGUUCACCUGGACAUCAGCAACAACCAGAUCAACAAUGAGGGAGCCAAGAAGCUCUGCAAGGGCCUUGAAGUCAAUGGAAAACUGAAGCUGAGAAAAAUGGCAAAUAAUCCCCUGACCAUGGAAGGUGCCACUGCACUAGUCACAUCUGUCAGAAAGAACCCCAGAUCCAUGAUGGAGGAGAUCAACAUCUCAAAUGUGUUGGUGAAUGAAACUUUCAUCAAGUUGCUGGAUUUGGUGUGUCAAACACGUCCUGAACUAGAUGUCAUCUAUGGUGAGGUCGAAGGCUGUAUCGCCAAGAUCCCCGAGCAGCAUCCAAAUCAUAAACUGAUUCAGAAUUACUUGAAAGAACACAACCUGCAACUCUGGGACUUUUUUAGGAGUACUGACAAAGAUGGAAACACGAAGAUCCCUGUGGCAGCCUUCCGGAGAGCCUUGAUGCAGCAAUCAAGCAUCCCACUGGAUCGAGUCCAGAUUGCAGAACUAGUGCGCAAGUUAGACCGGAAUCAGACAGGGGUCAUUCCAAUCAGUCACUUAAAGGAGCAGAAGGCAGCACAGAAGCCAGCGGAAGGGAAAACCGAGGAGGAAAGAAAGGAAGAGCCAUAA